AUGAUUAAACAAUCAAAAAGUGCAUUCAAUCAAGGAAGAAUAAUCCGAGCAACUAUCGUAACUAAAACACAUAAUUGUUGCAACAAUGAUACUUUUAGACAACACUAUUUAAUAUCAGGAAAAGAAUUUGGAAAAUCAUUUUCAACUUGGAAUAAAUUAUUGAAUAAUGAUGUCGAGGAGGAAAGAAAGAAGGAUAGAAAGGAAGCACAAGAAAAGAUGUAUAAUAUUAAAAGAGAAUUAUCUGAAUUUUUAACUGCUAAAUUGGAUGGUAGUAAGAGAAAGGAAAAACAAGAAGAAAGAAUUAAAUUGGCACAAAAUUUGGGUAAUGUGAUGAUUGUUGCUGGAUUUAUUGUUGGAUUGAUUUAUUAUGUUGUAAGUGUGGAUUCAAUUUGUGGAUUUAUUGUAAAAAUAAUUUGUUAUUAUCAUUAA